AUGGUACAUUCUCUGCCCAACUUCCCCCCCCUUCCCCCCUUCCUCCUCUUUCUCCUCACCCCCUCUGCACCCAAACACUUCGCCACCCUUCCCAUCCCCCCUUCCCCCUCCUCUUCCUCCCCUUUCUCCUCACCCUCUCUGCACCCGAACCCCUCAUCCCCCUCCCCCUCUCCCUUCCUUUCCUUUCUCCUCUCCCACUCUGCACCCAAACCCUUCCCCCCCUUCUCGCUCCCCACCCAUUCCCCCUCUCCCUUCCUCCCCUUCCUCCUCACCCUCUCUGCACCCAAACCAUUUUUCCUCCCCCCCUCUCCCCCUCUGUCGGAAACUCUGUCGGAAGCACCUAGCACUAGGCCUCUGCUUCUUCCCCCCUCCCGCGCUGCUCACAACCUCCUGUGCUGCUCACAACCUCCUGUGCUGCUCACAACCUCCUGUGCUGCUCACAACCUCCUGUGCUGCUCACAACCUCCUGUGCUGCUCACAACCUCCUGUGCUGCUCACAACCUCCUGUGCUGCUCACAACCUCCUGUGCUGCUCACAACCUCCUGUGCUGCUCACAACCUCCUGUGCUGCUCACAACCUCCUGUGCUGCUCACAACCUCCUGUGCUGCUCACAACCUCCUGUGCUGCUCACAACCUCCUGUGCUGCUCACAACCUCCUGUGCUGCUCACAACCUCCUGUGCUGCUCACAACCUCCUGUGCUGCUCACAACCUCCUGUGCUGCUCACAACCUCCUGUGCUGCUCACAACCUCCUGUGCUGCUCACAACCUCCUGUGCUGCUCACAACCUCCUGUGCUGCUCACAACCUCCUGUGCUGCUCACAACCUCCUGUGCUGCUCACAACCUCCUGUGCUGCUCACAACCUCCUGUGCUGCUCACAACCUCCUGUGCUGCUCACAACCCAACCUCCUGUGCUGCUCACAACCUCCUGUGCUGCUCACAACCUCCUGUGCUGCUCACAACCUCCUGUGCUGCUCACAACCUCCUGUGCUGCUCACAACCUCCUGUGCUGCUCACAACCUCCUGUGCUGCUCACAACCUCCUGUGCUGCUCACAACCUCCUGUGCUGCUCACAACCUCCUGUGCUGCUCACAACCUCCUGUGCUGCUCACAACCUCCUGUGCUGCUCACAACCUCCUGUGCUGCUCACAACCUCCUGUGCUGCUCACAACCUCCUGUGCUGCUCACAACCUCCUGUGCUGCUCACAACCUCCUGUGCUGCUCACAACCUCCUGUGCUGCUCACAACCUCCUGUGCUGCUCACAACCUCCUGUGCUGCUCACAACCUCCUGUGCUGCUCACAACCUCCUGUGCUGCUCACAACCUCCUGUGCUGCUCACAACCUCCUGUGCUGCUCACAACCUCCUGUGCUGCUCACAACCUCCUGUGCUGCUCACAACCUCCUGUGCUGCUCACAACCUCCUGUGCUGCUCACAACCUCCUGUGCUGCUCACAACCUCCUGUGCUGCUCACAACCUCCUGUGCUGCUCACAACCUCCUGUGCUGCUCACAACCUCCUGUGCUGCUCACAACCUCCUGUGCUGCUCACAACCUCCUGUGCUGCUCACAACCUCCUGUGCUGCUCACAACCUCCUGUGCUGCUCACAACCUCCUGUGCUGCUCACAACCUCCUGUGCUGCUCACAACCUCCUGUGCUGCUCACAACCUCCUGUGCUGCUCACAACCUCCUGUGCUGCUCACAACCUCCUGUGCUGCUCACAACCUCCUGUGCUGCUCACAACCUCCUGUGCUGCCUCACAACCUCCUGUGCUGCUCACAACCUCCUGUGCUGCUCACAACCUCCUGUGCUGCUCACAACCUCCUGUGCUGCUCACAACCUCCUGUGCUGCUCACAACCUCCUGUGCUGCUCACAACCUCCUGUGCUGCUCACAACCUCCUGUGCUGCUCACAACCUCCUGUGCUGCUCACAACCUCCUGUGCUGCUCACAACCUCCUGUGCUGCUCACAACCUCCUGUGCUGCUCACAACCUCCUGUGCUGCUCACAACCUCCUGUGCUGCUCACAACCUCCUGUGCUGCUCACAACCUCCUGUGCUGCUCACAACCUCCUGUGCUGCUCACAACCUCCUGUGCUGCUCACAACCUCCUGUGCUGCUCACAACCUCCUGUGCUGCUCACAACCUCCUGUGCUGCUCACAACCUCCUGUGCUGCUCACAACCUCCUGUGCUGCUCACAACCUCCUGUGCUGCUCACAACCUCCUGUGCUGCUCACAACCUCCUGUGCUGCUCACAACCUCCUGUGCUGCUCACAACCUCCUGUGCUGCUCACAACCUCCUGUGCUGCUCACAACCUCCUGUGCUGCUCACAACCUCCUGUGCUGCUCACAACCUCCUGUGCUGCUCACAACCUCCUGUGCUGCUCACAACCUCCUGUGCUGCUCACAACCUCCUGUGCUGCUCACAACCUCCUGUGCUGCUCACAACCUCCUGUGCUGCUCACAACCUCCUGUGCUGCUCACAACCUCCUGUGCUGCUCACAACCUCCUGUGCUGCUCACAACCUCCUGUGCUGCUCACAACCUCCUGUGCUGCUCACAACCUCCUGUGCUGCUCACAACCUCCUGUGCUGCUCACAACCUCCUGUGCUGCUCACAACCUCCUGUGCUGCUCACAACCUCCUGUGCUGCUCACAACCUCCUGUGCUGCUCACAACCUCCUGUGCUGCUCACAACCUCCUGUGCUGCUCACAACCUCCUGUGCUGCUCACAACCUCCUGUGCUGCUCACAACCUCCUGUGCUGCUCACAACCUCCUGUGCUGCUCACAACCUCCUGUGCUGCUCACAACCUCCUGUGCUGCUCACAACCUCCUGUGCUGCUCACAACCUCCUGUGCUGCUCACAACCUCCUGUGCUGCUCACAACCUCCUGUGCUGCUCACAACCUCCUGUGCUGCUCACAACCUCCUGUGCUGCUCACAACCUCCUGUGCUGCUCACAACCUCCUGUGCUGCUCACAACCUCCUGUGCUGCUCACAACCUCCUGUGCUGCUCACAACCUCCUGUGCUGCUCACAACCUCCUGUGCUGCUCACAACCUCCUGUGCUGCUCACAACCUCCUGUGCUGCUCACAACCUCCUGUGCUGCUCACAACCUCCUGUGCUGCUCACAACCUCCUGUGCUGCUCACAACCUCCUGUGCUGCUCACAACCUCCUGUGCUGCUCACAACCUCCUGUGCUGCUCACAAUCCUUCUACGCUGUCCCGGAAAUUAUGUAG